CAAAAUCUGUAAAACAAGGGUUCUGCACUAUGUCUCAAGGAACCCCUUCCAUCAUCAAAGUGAACUUAGUGGCCAGUGGAGGCAGGAGGGAUGGACUAGCUGGGGUGGGGUCUGAAGGUCUCUAGCAACAUGCUGUGCUCAGGGAUGGGCUCAGAGAGAGGGGCUGCCCGGACUCCUCUUCUUGAGUAUUUGGGAGCCAGCCAGUACUCUAGAGGAUGGGAUUUAGGGCAGCGAGGGAUCACUGGCUAUUAACCCUGCAAAUCCCAGUGGCCCACUCCUUGGGUCCCCUGGUUGGCUUACCAGGCUGGUAUGGGAGGAAGACUGGUUUUUGCAGGAAACUCUGGUACCCAGUCCUCCCCCCACGCCUGGCCACGAACAGGCUGUUCUUGUUUACGACCCUCUUCCCGGGAGAACAGUGAUUUCUCAUCCCUACAUGUGAUUUGAGAGGGCCGGUCUCUCAGGCCUGGAGGAAACUCAAGCCCCAGCCAGCCACUUGGCAUCGGAAUGUUCAGCUUGUCCCCUCCUGGGGCUCAUGUGACUGGGACCCAGCUAUAAAUAUCAGAGGGGCCUCAGACCAAGACAGAAUUCGGGCUCCAGGAGAAGAAGGCAAAGAGGCUCCGGCUGGGUAUUUUGUGACCAAGGCAAGACCCCAGGUCGACUCAGAGUCAGGCAGGUGAAGGAGGCAGCGAAGUGAACCCCCAAACCUCCUGACAGUAUGGAUUAUAAAUCAAGCCUGAUCCAGGAUGGGAACCCCAUGGAGAAUCUGGAGAAGCAGCUUAUCUGUCCCAUCUGCCUGGAGAUGUUUACCAAGCCGGUGGUCAUCUUGCCUUGUCAGCACAACCUCUGCCGGAAGUGUGCCAAUGACAUCUUCCAGGCCGCAAAUCCCUUCUGGACCAACCGGGUUGGCUCUGUGUCCAUGUCUGGGGGCCGUUUCCGCUGCCCCUCCUGCCGCCACGAGGUGAUCAUGGAUCGUCACGGAGUGUACGGCCUGCAGAGGAAUCUGCUGGUGGAGAACAUCAUUGAUAUCUACAAGCAGGAAUAUUCUAGUCGGCCCCUACAGAAGGGCAACCACCCCAUGUGCAAGGAGCACGAAGAUGAGAAGAUCAACAUCUACUGUCUCACGUGCGAGAUGCCCACGUGCUCCAUGUGCAAGGUGUUUGGGGCUCACAAGGCCUGUGAGGUGGCCCCCCUGCAGAGCGUCUUCCAGGGACAAAAGACUGAGCUGAGUAACUGCAUCUCCAUGCUGGUGGCGGGGAACGACCGGGUGCAGACCAUCAUCACGCAGCUGGAGGACUCCUGUCGAGUGACCAAGGAGAACAGUCACCAGGUGAAGGAGGAGCUGAGCCAGAAGUUUGACGUACUGUACGCCAUUUUGGAUGAGAAGAAGAGUGAGCUGCUGCAGCGGAUCACGCGGGAGCAGGAGGAGAAGCUCGGCUUCAUUGAGGGCCUCAUCCAGCAGUACCGGGAGCAGCUGGACAAAUCCACGAAGCUAGUGGAGACGGCCAUCCAGUCCCUGGACGAGCCUGGUGGGGCCAUCUUUCUCUUGAGUGCUAAGCAACUCAUCAAAAGCAUUGUGGAAGCUUCCAAGGGUUGCCAACUGGGGAAGACAGAACAGGGCUUUGAAAACAUGGACUACUUUACUUUGGACUUAGAGCACAUAGCAGACACCCUGAGGGCCAUCGACUUUGGAACAGAUGAGGAAGAGGAAGAGUUCAUUGAAGAAGAAGAAGAUCAGGAAGAGGAAGAGUCCACAGAGAGAAAGGAAGAAGGUAAGGAGUCCAUCUACCUUCAUUCAUUCGUUCAUUCAUUCAUUUGCUCAUUCAUUCAUUCAACCACAUGAAAUCUGACUGUGUGCAAAGUGCCCCGGGGAUGAUGCGGAUAUACGGUGAUGGUCCCAAUCCGUGUUUGACACAUUUUUGAAGGCAAAGUCCUAUUCCCUUUCAUCUUAGAGGGGGGAAAACCCUAAACUAAUCAUAAUAAAAAGUUCCCGUUUUAAGUCUAAGUAUAUCUCAUUUGUAUCUAAAUGAGCCACCCAGGAGUCCCUAGAUUUUUUUAACUUAGUUGCCAACAUUUUAAAAAUUAGGAGAUUUGGAUGGGAGGGUAGUUUUU